AGUAAAAAAUUCCAAACUUGUCUGUGUUGCCAAACAACCUGCAAUUUCAUUUCUUCAUAAACCCUUUUGCCCUCUUUCAUUCCCUUCUCUUCAAUUCACACUCCUUCCUUCACCAACCUCUCGUUAUCUUCGCCUCCAUUCAACUUCAAUCUCUCUCUCUCUCUCUCUGGUCAUUUGGACCAAAGAGCUAUGAUGAGUCUAUCAAUGGAUUCAGUUUCGGUGUUAAACCCUAAAAUCUCAAAUACCCAUUUCUCAGUUCCAUCCAACAAGCUACCCCAUUGCGUCAAGUUCAAUCCUUUGCUCAAACCUCGCACCUUCAGAUUCUCUGCUAACGCUGCUGUUCCAGCGAAGGGGCUUGCCGCAUGCUUUCUUGCCCCUAAUCGACGGAACCCGUUCAUGGUCCGGUUUGCAGCUUCCUCAUCGGAGCAGGGUGAAUUUGAAGUGAAGGGGAGUGAUGAGAAGCCUCCCAAUGAUGUUGCUUCUGAAGAGUCACAGGAAGCGUGGAAGCAGGCUCUGGAUACCUUCACAGAACAGGCCGUGAAGCUUAAAGGAAUUUCUGAAGAAGCAUAUGAAUUAUAUUCUAAGAAGGCCAUUGUCGUUUUGAAAGAUACCUCGGAACAGUUGAAGAUACAAGCAGAACAGGCAAAGCAUGAUUUGAGUGUGGCGGCAAAGGAAAUUGCAGAGGGAGGGAAAGUGUAUUUGUCUGCGGCUUCCGAGAAUUCACCUGAGGUAAAGGAUAUUGUGGAGACAUUUACAUCCCCAACUGAUGAUCUCAGCAACAUUUCUGGAGUUCAGGACUUCUAUGUUGGUGUACCUUAUGGUUUGGUACUAUCUCUUGGUGGCUUCCUUUCGUUUAUGGUAACAGGAAGCGUUGCAGCCAUAAGGUUUGGGGUGAUUUUAGGUGGUGUCCUCUUGGCUUUAAGCAUUUCAAGUCUGAAGUCGUAUAAAAGAGGAAAACCUUCUCCUCUAGCUUUGAAGGGCCAAACAGCUAUAGCAGCUAUAUUGUUUCUGCGGGAGCUAGCCUCAAUAGGCAAAGGAUCAUCUUAUUUCACCGCCUUGAUCAGUGGUGCGGCAGUGGCAUUUUAUGUCUAUAGAAUUGUACUGGAACGCAACCAACAGAAGGGCUCAAACUUGGAAGGUGAAGCAGAAAGCUAGUUGAGUCAUGAGUGAUAAGGCUGGGUCAUGAAGAUUAACUAUCGCUGCUGAUGGUUACAGUUUCAUGCAUGGAAAAAUUGAGCAUGGAAAAUCUUGAUAUAAUUUCACGUAUACUUUCAUGUAUAAAUGUGAUUUCUCUGGAAAAUAACUAAAUAGCAUAUUAUGAAUGACCUUGCUUUGAGGUGGAUGUUAUGAAUUGAUUUUGUUUGUAUGCUUAGGAUUUAAGUUUUAGGGUUUAGGAAGCUAGACUUUGGAUCUCAGUGUGUUAGAAUCUAUCUUGAUACGGUGGAUUGAUUAUUCUCCAAAACUUGCACCAGAAAACAUAAUAAAUACCAGUUUCUUUCA